AUGACUGCCUCCUUCAACUUUUUGUCCCUCCCACGAGAGCUGCGAGAUUUGAUUUAUGAGCGUUACCUAGCAGUUGAUGGAGGAUACGUGUGUGACUCGCAGGCGUUCAUCGACGGCAAGUUGAGGGCAGGAAACCAUGGCGGCCCCAUCGACCUCAAUCUCAUUUACGCUUGUAGGCAAACGGCCCAAGAAACGGACGGCAUGGCCUUGCGCGUGAACCAGAUCACGUUCCGCACCAUUACCUCGGAGGGCUUGCGGAUUCUCGCCGCUCGCUUCGACUCUCUCAUGGCCCGCGUCGACCAAAAUCGAAACGCAAUCUUUCGUACCGCGGGACACUGCAUCUCCGACGAGGCGUACGAUGAGCUAAAGGGCAGAUACCCGUAG